CUUAUGGUAAAUAAUAGGAGUUGGCAGACAUAAGCAGAAAGACAGUUGGUUUGGGUCACUUGGUCAUCUUCAACGUCCUUCAGAGCCUCGUACCAUCUUAGUCAUUGUGUUAUCUUGCCAGCCCCUAUGUUGUUAUACUCAUGCGGAAUCUGUUUUGUCAUAUCUUGGGGAGAGCCUAUUUCUUAGGCGCACAGCUGAUCUCCAGAUAUGACCAUGUAUUUGUGGCUCAAACUUCUAGCCUUUGGCUUUGCCCUGCUGGACACAGAUGUCUUUGUCACAGGGCAAACAUCUCCACCCAGCGAUGGACUGAACACAACAGAGAAGGCCCUUCCUCUGUCUCAUAGUCACCCCUUACCUGCUCGCACCACUGAAUCCAUACCCCCAAGCAGCUCUGAACAAGGAAAUGGCCCCUCAGAGACCACUUAUCAUCCAGGUUUUUCCUCCACGCUGCUGUCUUACUCGUCCCCACAGCCCAACUCACAGACGCCCUCUGCCAGAGGAUCUGACCCUCAGACACUCAGCAGUCAAACUGACUUCCCCACACUCACGCCUACUCCCAGCGGGACUGACAGACCAGGUGUACAAGGGGAGAGGACUGUACCGGGGACCUUUUCUGCAGACACAGCCCUUCCUACAGGCACCCCCAGCCUUGCACGCAACAGCUCAGCUGCCUCACCUACACGCACCUCCAAUGUCAGCACCACAGAUAUCUCCUCAGGUGCCAACCUCACAACCCAUAUACCAUCCACUCAGCGCCCUACAAGCACUGAUCCUCCAAGCACAACCAUAGCUACCACAACGAAGCCACCGUGUGAUGAUAUAUUUGGGGCCGUUGAUGUUGUGCAUUACACCUAUAUUAAUCCGACUUUUAAGGCAGAACUAGAAGGUGUCAAAAAUGCUUUGUGUGGAGAUGUGGAUUGUGAAAAAAUGUUAACAAAUCUAACAGAAUGCUCACAGAAAAAUGUCAAUCUGUCUAAUGAUUCAUGUGAUCCACCUAAAACUAUAACUUUAAAAGUACCACCAGGCCCUGACAAGUUUGACCUAAAUGACUGCACACCGAAAGAAGAAGCUAACACUUCAAUUUGUUUGGAGUGGAAAACAAGAAACUUUACCUGUGACAGUACAAAAAUUUCAUACGAAUUCUACUGUAAGACAGGCAAUCCAGAAUACAAUAGAAACAGACUUCAGUUAUACAACCUUAGUGCCCAAACAAAUUACACAUGUACAACAGAAAUCCUCUAUAACAACAAAAAAUUUUUCAAAAAGGAGACAACAGUGCAGACCGAUUUUGGGAUUCCAGAAACGCCUAAGGCUGUUAAUUGUGAGAAUUCAACUGAGAGCACAACAUUAGUCUUUUGGCCUGAGCCUGCAUCUAAACCCCAUGGAUAUUUUUUAUGCUAUAAGAGCUAUUCAGAAAAAUGUGAAAGUUUGAAGGGUGAUGCGAACAGUUUUGUGGUGAAAGACCUGAGACCUUAUAAAGACUAUCAAGUGUCUCUAUUUGCCUAUGUCAAUGGGAAGAUACAACGAAAUGGGACUGCUAAGAAAUGUAGCUUUCAGACAAAAGCAGCUCGUCCAAGCAAGGUCAAUGGGAUGAAAACCUCCCGCACAACAGAAAACAGUAUAAGUGUCACAUGUGGUCCUCCUUAUGAAAUUAACGGCCCUAAAACAUUUUACAUUUUGGAAGUCAAAAGUGGAGGUUCUGUAGUUAAAAAUGACAACCAAUCUCAAUGCCAAUUUGAAGUAGAUAAUCUCUACUAUUCAACUGACUAUGAGUUUCUGGUCUAUUUUUACAAUGGAGUGUACCAAGGAGAUCCAGUUAUAAGAAAUCAUUCAACAUCUUAUAAUGCUAAAGCAUUGAUUAUAUUCCUGGUGUUUCUGAUUAUUGUGACAUCAAUAGCCCUGCUUGUUGUUUUGUAUAAAAUCUAUGAUCUGCGCAAGAAAAGAUCCAGCAAUUUAGAUGAGCAACAGGAACUUGUUGAAAGGGAUGAUGAAAAGCAGCUGAUGGACGUGGAGCCAAUUCAUUCUGACAUUUUGUUGGAAACAUACAAAAGAAAGAUUGCUGAUGAAGGCAGACUGUUCCUGGCUGAAUUUCAGAGCAUUCCACGGGUAUUCAGCAAGUUUCCCAUCAAAGAUGCCCGAAAACCCCAAAAUCAGAAUAAAAACCGUUAUGUUGACAUUCUUCCCUAUGAUUAUAACCGUGUGGAACUCUCUGAAAUAAAUGGAGAUGCAGGGUCCACCUACAUAAAUGCCAGCUACAUCGAUGGCUUCAAGGAACCCAGGAAAUACAUUGCUGCACAAGGGCCCCGGGAGGAGACCGUUGAUGACUUCUGGAGGAUGAUCUGGGAGCAAAAGGCCACAGUUAUUGUCAUGGUCACACGAUGUGAAGAAGGAAACAGGAACAAGUGUGCAGAAUACUGGCCAUGCAUGGAGGAAGGCACUCGGGCUUUCAGAGAUAUUGUUGUGACAAUCAAUGACCACAAACGAUGUCCUGAUUACAUAAUUCAGAAGCUGAACAUUGCACAUAAAAAAGAAAAAGCAACUGGAAGAGAAGUGACUCAUAUUCAAUUCACCAGCUGGCCAGACCAUGGAGUUCCUGAAGACCCUCACCUGCUCCUCAAACUGCGAAGGAGAGUUAAUGCUUUUAGCAACUUCUUUAGCGGUCCCAUUGUGGUGCACUGCAGUGCUGGUGUUGGGCGUACAGGCACCUACAUUGGAAUCGAUGCCAUGCUGGAAGGUCUGGAAGCAGAGGGCAAAGUGGAUGUCUAUGGUUAUGUCGUCAAGCUAAGGCGACAGAGGUGUUUGAUGGUGCAAGUGGAGGCACAGUACAUUCUGAUCCACCAGGCUUUAGUGGAAUACAAUCAAUUUGGGGAAACAGAAGUGAACUUAUCUGAGUUACAUUCAUGUCUACAGAACAUGAAGAAAAGAGAUCCACCCAGUGACCCCUCUCCUCUGGAGGCUGAGUACCAGAGACUUCCUUCAUACAGGAGCUGGAGGACACAGCACAUUGGAAAUCAAGAAGAAAAUAAGAAGAAAAAUAGGAAUUCUAAUGUUGUCCCGUAUGACUUUAACCGAGUGCCACUUAAGCAUGAACUGGAGUUGAGCAAAGAGAGUGAGCCUGAAUCAGACGAGUCUUCAGAUGACGACAGUGACUCAGAAGAAACCAGUAAAUACAUUAAUGCAUCAUUUGUGAUGAGUUACUGGAAACCAGAAAUGAUGAUUGCUGCUCAGGGGCCACUAAAAGAAACUAUUGGUGACUUUUGGCAGAUGAUAUUCCAAAGAAAAGUCAAGGUUAUUGUGAUGUUGACAGAGUUAAUGAAUGGAGACGAGGAAAUCUGUGCUCAGUACUGGGGGGAGAGAAAGCAGACUUACGGAGACAUGGAAGUGGAGUUGAAAGACACAAACAAGUCCUCAGCCUACACUCUCCGAGCAUUUGAACUGAGACAUUCUAAGAGGAAGGAGCCCAGAACUGUGUACCAGUACCAGUGUACCACCUGGAAAGGGGAAGAGCUCCCUGCAGAACCCAGAGAACUGGUGUCUAUAAUCCAGAACCUCAAACAGAAGCUUCCCAAGAGCCACCCAGAAGGGAUGAAGUAUCACAAGCAUGCAUCAGUCCUCGUCCACUGCAGAGAUGGAUCCCAGCAGACAGGGUUGUUCUGUGCCUUGUUCAAUCUCUUGGAAAGUGCAGAAACAGAAGAUGUGGUUGAUGUUUUUCAAGUGGUAAAGUCUCUACGCAAAGCACGGCCGGGGGUGGUGUGCAGCUACGAACAAUACCAGUUCCUCUAUGAUACCAUUGCCAGCCUCUAUCCUGCCCAGAAUGGACAAGUGAAGAAAACAAACAGUCAAGACAAAAUUGAAUUUCAUAAUGAAGUGGAUGGAGCCAAGCAGGAGGCUAACUGUGUCCAUCCAGCUGGUCCUCCGAACAAUGCCCCGGCAGAAAGCAGAGAGGUUGGAACUUCAGAGCCUACCAAUGGUACUGAGGAGCCAGAACAAUCUGCCAAUGGUCCUGUGAGCCCAGCUCUAACCCAAACUUCCUAGGAAAGGAUUCAAGUGGGACAAUGCAAAAUCUCAAAUUACUUAUUUCUAUUUUUCUAAACCUAAUGAAAGAAAAUGGCUCUGCAGUGAUUCAUAGCAUCUGUGUUCACUUUUGCCCUUAUAAAAAAUAUUUAAGUUUGUCAGAAAAUUUUGUACAGUUUUAUGCUUAUUUUAAAAAUUGUAUCUAUAUCAUUCAGCAAGAAUUUGUAUGUGAAAGAGGGUGUCUGUGUGUGAGGGUGUGUGUAUGUGUGACUGUGUGUGUGUGUGUAUAUGACAUCUAAAUGUGAUUAGAAAGUACUUUCAAGCCAUUCCAAAUGCUUUUCAAGCACAGUGCCUUUUUCCUCCUCCUGACGAAACUAUACAUUUUAUACCUAAACUGUUAAUUUGUUUGAUGGACUCAUUUUUUUUUAAAUCGCAUUGAAUGUGAAUUCAGUUGUAAGAGUAACAAUGUGCACCUUUGUGGGAUGACCUCAAGGUGUCCUCCUUGUCCUACUGAUGAUCUUGUAGCUUACACUGCUAUUUCUAGAGCUAGAUAAAAGUAUGUAAGAGCGCUGUGAGUGUGUACAGCUGCUCCAGGGACGUGAACUACAUUAACAUGUGAGAUCUAUGUUCCACAUACUGUCAUUUCAUCACUCUUUCUUAAUGCAUAUUUAAUCAAACAUAAAAAUCUCAAGGGAGGCUAUUUUUGUAUCCACAUGAGAAGUAGAGCUUUGCAAAUUAGUUACUAUUUACACAGUAGAUAAAAAUUACUACCUAAUUCUCUUGAUCAUUUCAAUAUAUGUUAUGAACCUAAAUAAUUGUCCUUAGACAAAUAUAAUGUAUGUUAAAAACCCACAGGAACAAAACAGGGGCAUAAAAAAUUGUUUGUACUGAAUAUUUACAUAGGCAACCUCAUACAGUUCUGUUAUAGAAUUCAAUAUUCAUGAGAAACAUAAAAUUAACUAUACCUAUUUCCUAUGUUUAAGAUCAUCUUUGACUUUCAUUAAUGUGCAUUUAUCUUGAAUUUCUUAACUGUUUAGUUUACCCUUACUGAGACAUCAUACUGAUUACCAUAAUAAACUUUCAAUUGUUACCUUCCUUGCUUAUGUGAGGUCUGUUACAUGUUUGUAAUUGACAGUGAAACAAUUUCUUCUUCAAGCUGAGAUUAGUUUUCCUGUUUUGCUCAUAGGUGAGAAAAAUGAAGAAUGAUCAAUUCUGAGCAUCAGAGGUGAAUGAAGAGGACUCUGUUUUCUCACUAGCCACUCACACCUGUCUAUCUCAUGUCACCUGGGAAAGUUCUGUUGCUCUUUGCUGGAAAACAUUGUGGAAGUUUGCAAUUUUGAUGCUGAAGUACCUUCAGGCUGGUUUUUAUGUUGAUUUGUGAUUCGCUUCAGAGUGUUAAUGAUCUUCAAUGAUAUCUAUUGGAACCCAGUUCUGCUACUGUUUACCUAGUAGCAUAUUUGUAAUGGCAUCAAAAGCUGUAUUACUUUGAACUCUGUGAAAUCAGUGUGUGAAGCCUGCUCUACAUUUUACUCAACGAUCUGGUUUAAGCUUUCUACCAAGAAUGCUGAGGACUCAUAAAGAUGUGAAGUUCUUCAACUUAUAAAAUAUUUUUAGGAUUUUUAAUAAACCAUAAAAUUUUUCAAAAU